AUGGUGCGGUGGCGGCGGCGGUGGCAGAGCGAUGGCGGCGGCCUCGGGAGCGCCGUGGCCCUGCUGGCUCUAGCCUUGUGCGAGCUGCCGGGGGCCCGGGGCCGGGCGCUCGAGUGGUACUCGGCCUUGGUGAGCACGGUGUACGUGGACCCGCUGACGAACGCGACGGUGCAGGGCGCCACCGAGAGCGGCCGCUACGGCGACAACUCGCCCAAGGAGAGCCUGCAGGGCCUGGUGGGCAUCCCCCGCGCCCCGGGCCGCGACAGGAAGGGCUGCGCACCUGAUACCCGCUACUACGUGCCUCCACUUGGGGGACGGCCGGCCGGGAGGCGCGAGCCCUGGAUCGCCCUGGUGGCCCGCGGGGACUGCACCUUCAAGGACAAAGUGCUCAACGCAGCCCGCAGAAACGCCUCGGCCGUGGUCAUCUACAACGAGGAACACUACGGCAACGGCACCAACUCUAUGUCCCAUCUGGGGACUGGAAAUACAGUGGUAAUUAUGGUUAGUUAUCCAAAAGGAAUAGAAAUUUUGGGGCCAGUGCAAAGAGGAAUUCCAGUUAAAAUGACCAUAGAAGUUGGUACACGCCAUGUGCAAGAGUUCAUCAGUGGUCAGUCUGUUGUGUUUGUAGCCAUUGCUUUCAUCACCAUGAUGAUCAUAUCAUUAGCCUGGCUAAUAUUUUACUAUAUACAGCGUUUCCUAUAUGCUGGUUCACAGUUUGGAAAUCAGAACCAUAGAAAAGAAACAAAGAAAGCUAUUGGGCAGCUUCAACUUCAUACUGUAAAGCGUGGAGACAAGGGAAUUGAUGUUGAUGCGGAAAAUUGUGCAGUGUGCAUUGAAAAUUAUAAACCAAAGGAUAUUGUUAGAAUUCUGCCAUGCAAGCAUAUUUUUCAUAGAACAUGUAUUGACCCCUGGCUUUUGGAUCACCGGACUUGUCCAAUGUGUAAACUUGACGUCAUCAAAGCUCUAGGAUAUUGGCAUCAAGAUGGAGGACCCAUGGCAUGUGUGCCAAAGAAGGCAAGCUGGGACCUCUCUGUGGGCACAUGCAGCCCCCUGGCUUGGCAAGCUGGGAGCCAGGCCACACCCCCAAAUGCAGGCGGUGGGGCACUCUAUCCUCUCCACCAUUUCAGGAGCAGAGCACACACUGCCCAUCCCCACCACUCCCCCCAGCUUCCCUAUGGAUCUCAGCCUCUGCCCUGCCCCUGA